AUUAUCUACAAACAUUUCAAACUAUAUUAUUUAAAAUACCUUUUUUGAGAAAAUCUAUUUGAUGAAAUAAUUGUUUUUUUAUUUAUUAGAUAUCAGUAUCAUUUGUGGAAGCCCUUUGGUCCAGUGGUUUAACUAAGGGUUCAUUAAUGCUCUAUAUUACGAGGUUUGGGUUUUGAUUCCCGGAGAAGGUGGAAUUAUGCGAAUUAAUGAAAAAAAGACUUACAAGAGAUCUGCAACAUGGCACAAGGAGUACCUUCAAACGUGGAUCUGAUAGGGCGGCUCAGAUGAUACAGUUAGACGUGAAUUCUAAUAAAACAGAUAGAAUUGUCAAGCUGUAAAUCGUCUAAUAUUUUUCAUAGUUUGUAAUAGCAAAACAAAAUCUCCCACUAGCGAUGUUGUGCUGAUCUUUUUCUUUUGGUGCUCAAACGCGUUUUUUUUUGUUCAGACCCUACUAGUUGGCCAUAUUUAACUCCAUACAAAGGGUGCAUCGAAACUUUUUUCUUUUGGGUAGUUGUUGGAAUAGCGCCAUUAGUUCAUUACCAAGAGGCUCUACCAAAUGUGAUGUGGUCUUUGAUUGGAACAGAGAACAAUUUAGGUUUUGUGAUUAUUUUGUGUAAAAACAAAGAUUAUUAUAUAUUUCACUCGCUCUAUUAUAGAGUAAUUCUAUUAUAAAAUGAACUAUUGGAGCAAAUUCAACUCCAUAAUAGAGUUACUCUAUUUUAGAGUGAAAUAUAGAGAAAAUUAUAAUAUUUUAUUAGAGAUGCCCUUAUUUUUAGAGUAAAAAUAUUCCAAUGGUAAUCUAUUUCCCAGUCUAUAAUAGUAUGAAAAAUAUGUUUACUCCAAAUAUAGAGUAACUUGUUUUUUUUUUUGCUCAUCACUCUAUUUUCUACUCUAAAAUAGAGUACCAUUGGAACAAACUCAAACUCUAUUAUAUAGUUACUCUAUUUUUGAGUAAAAAGUAGAGUAAACCAUUGGAGAUGAUCUUAAUAAAUGUUUCUUCGUGCACACGUCGUCCUGGUGUUUCUCUGUAUAUUCAUAUACAAAAAGAUACAAAUUAAACAUAAAUAAUAUGAUUUUUAAAAAAUAUUUGAUUAUAUCACUUUAAAAUAAAGUGAUCCUAAACUCUUGAGUUUGCAAAAAUGAUACUUUGCGAAGAAAACAAUGCAAAAAAAAAAACAAUGCUUGGCGAUGAUAGAUUCUGAUUUUAUAACUUCUUUAUGAUCACUUUUAAAAUAGUUUAUACAUUUAUAAAUAAUUUUCAAAACUUUUAUAAAAUAUAUAAGCUAUUAUAUUUUUUUAUAAAAAGAUUAUAGACAGAUUUAAAUUUUUAUAGUUUAUAAAUAAAUGAUUGCUAAAGAAAAGAAAAUGACAAGAACUUUUCAUUAUUUACACAGUUAGUUAUUAUAAACAAUUAUAUUUAAUAUAAUUGGCAGCUUAUUUUAAUUAAUCCUAGAUUCAUUUUUUUCUUAUCUUUAAUUGAAAUAAAUGACAAAAAAUCAUCAAUCAAUUAAAUUAUAAUAAUUUAAAUAAUUUAUCUUUUAAUAUAUAGUAUGAUAUCCUAAGAACAUCAUUAAUAUGAGAUCCUGUUCAGACUAUCUUCUCAAAUAAGAGUUUAGUAUUUUAUUAUCUAAAUAACUUUUGAUCAAGAAAAAAAAAUCAAAUCAGCAAAAAAAAAGCAUGUGUUCAUUAGUCUCAGAUUAUUUUUUGGGAGAGUAUCUCAACCUUGAUACGUUUCUAUCUAUGCUACCUUCUUUAUUUUUCAAUUUUUAUUAUAUUAUUAUUAUAAAUACUCUCUUAAAACCCCUCAUUGAGGGUGUCUUAAAAAAACAUAAACUUUCAAACAAACAAAAACAUAAAUUAACAUUUUUCUUUCUGAUCAAAGCACUCUACUCUGGCUAGAAACUCCAAAUUCCCAGACAAUCUGAAUCUUUCCUUUCUCUUCGCCAAUUGUGACGGGAGUAAGUGAUUUCAUUUCUUUUGAUCGAACAUUCGGUUUUUCAUCCACUUUUCUUAUUACAAGAAAUAAACCCUAGGCUGACUAGUCUCGUUGUGGUCUUGUUUGAUUCAUCUUCUAGUGAACCUUGGAAUCCAUCCUUAUUGAAACUUUGGUUUCCAAUUUUUGUUAUGCAGACAAAACAGUUCAGAACAAAAGAAAUAUAUAUGGCUAGAAGAAGAAAACCGGAAGUGUGGCUUAAUAAUGAACUAGAUAGGAUAAGCGAAUUGCCUGAUCCUUUGAUCUGUCGAGUACUUUAUCAUCUUCCCACAAAGGAUGCUGUAAGAACGAGUGUUCUGUCCACCAGAUGGAGGACUCUCUGGCUUUGGGUUCCUCGUUUAGGAUUGAAUUAUCGAGUCUUCCAGAAAAAAGAUGCCUUGGUUAAUUUUGGUGACAGGUUUUUCGAUUCCGACAGGGUUUCAAGCAUAGACAAAGUUGAGUUAGAUGUGGAGUCAAAUAAAGGUGUAGAUUCGAAUAAAGGUGUAGAUUAUUACAAUUCUUACGUCACACCAUGGAUUGAUGCAGCAGUUAAGCGAAAGAUCCAACAUCUAGAUGUUCGGACUGAUCCAGAUAGUCCUCAUAUCCCUAAAUUUUGUUACAGGCGGUUUAGGGCUUAUUUUCAUGGGAUGCCCCUAAGCCUUUAUGUCUGCGAGACACUGGUAUCUUUAAAACUCGAUGGUGUCUUCUUGCGUGAUUCAGAGUUUAUUUCCUUACCUAGUCUGAGGAUUUUGCACUUAAUAUCUAUGAUGAAUCCCAACGAGGCCACUUUCGAGAGACUUAUCUCCUCAUGUCCUGUCCUUGAAGAGUUGGAAGUUGAUAGCUCUCUGAAUGAUGACGUAAAAGUCUUUCGGGUGAUCUCUAGGUCGUUGAAGAGGCUCAGUGUACAAGAAUGCAUGUCAGAAGUUGUGAUCGAUGCUCCUCGACUAGGCUUUUUGAGCAUCGAUUCUAGCCUAUCAGGAAGCUAUAUGAUAACCAAUACUAUGGAUACCAAUGUCAAAUUUGUUAUUCGCCUCGGAACUUAUUUUGGGGAUUUUGAUGAAACAAGCAUUUUAUCAAACAGAAAAAGAUUCUGCAAUUGUCUCUCUGGCAUUUCCAAGGUCAGGGAUAUGACGAUACUUGGAGUCGGUUUGAUGGGUUAUUCAUGUUUGAGAUGGUUACCGACCAUUCUUGAGAGCUUCCCCAACCUGAAAUCCCUCACCUUGGAAUGCGAUGAACUUCAGUUAGAGGAUAUGGAUGAAAUCAAUAUUCCGUAUGUGCCUCAGUGUUUGCUAUCGUCUCUCGAGUUUGUUGAUUUCAAUGUCCCACUCUCAAGCGUUGUUGGAGAAAUGAACAUGGUAAGGUAUAUCCUCGAGAAUUCGGCAAUCCUCAAGAAACUCACUCUACAUUUGCAUAAAGAUUGUUCAACAAAUGAUGAAAUGGUUAAGAAGCUCCUCAAAAUCCCUAGAGGCUCUACCAAAUGUGAAGUCGUCUUCUUUGAUUGGGGGAAAAAGUAGAGAACAUAGUGAGUUUUUGGGAUGAUUUUGUGUAAAAACAUUACUAGUUUCAUCGGGUUGGUUGAUAAUGACUUUUGUUAUUUUGCUAUUUGGACUAUUUGUUCUCUGUAUCUUGUCAUUAUAUUAUUAGCCAUAAAAGAACCACCACCAAAAUGAAAUUUGAAUUUUUCAUGAUUAACUUGUAGCUGAAAUUUAUUUACAAAAACAAAUAGUAAUAUAUAAUUAUGGUGUUGGUGUUGGUUUUCAAGUAGUGUGUUGGUGAAUUCAGUUUGUUGAAAGUCUGAUACAGCUGGUGUUCAAGAAGUGAACAGAAGUCAGAGGACUAAAGGAUGCUCAUCUCAUCGGAGAGCAACGCAAGGUUGUUUUAUACUCUUGUUGUACCUACUUUGUGCUCUUGAAUAUAUAGUUUGUUGAUGUAAAGUGUAAGGCAGAUACUUUUAUUAUGCGUUGGUAGUGUUACUGUUAUGGGUACAGGCACAUCAAUCAGCGUCUGGGAUGAUCUUUGGCCCUCCCACAAUGAAAAAUGCAGACCAGUUGGACCAGCACCAGAAGCACAUCGAUCCAUCAAAUUAAAGUCUCAUACUUAUUCCUACCAAACACAACUGAGUGAGAUCAUGACAAUUUAGAACUCAUUUUACCUUUUCACAAAGAACAGAUCUUGAGAAUAAAACCGAGUAAGCUAGGGAUACCUGACGAGCUGGUCUGGCUAAAGAAUGCAUCAGGAGAAUACUCCACAAGAUCAGGCUACUUAACAUUGACACCUUUAUUUGUCUUUACUCAAAAAAAAAAAAAAGACUUUACAUGAGUCUUCUCUCAGGUCUACUCCAAGCAGCGAUGUUAGUAUAUAUGAUAUAUGACAUGGUUUGAGAUGGACCAUAUAUCUUGGGAGCCAAAAGUCAAAAUGAACUGCAAUUCAAUAUAAUUUAAAAUUAAGUUUUACAAUUAGCAAAUAUUCUACAAUAUUACUUAUAAACCAAAUAAGCCGAAACAUCAAAUUAACAAAAAAAAUUUUCAUUCAAAAUAUUUUAAAUUAUCUGAAAAAACUAAAUUACCUAUAUGUUUUUUUAUCUAAAACAUUUUAAUUUUAUUCAAAUCAUCAAAUGUUUGACUAGGCAAAACUAAAAAAAAAUUAUCUUUAUCCGUUUUUUAAUUAUCUGAGAAAACAGAACCAAAUUGAACUCGAAUUUUUAUUAAAUAUUAGCGGCUAAAACCAAAGAAAAUUUCAAAUUAACCGAAUGGUUUCUAAAUCUCUAGAACUUAAAAUCAAAAACAGAAUCGACUAAAAACGGAACGCUCAUGCCUAAGCUAGAUCAACGCAUCACAGAUUCACAAUAGCAGAAGACAAAAGUGAAAUGACUCCACCAGUUUCACUGCGGUUCAUAGCAUGUAAAACCUUGGACCAUUCCACGACCCCAUAAACCUCUUCUCUGCUUCGUAUCUGAAACGAAAUCUCAGCACACCAAAUCUCAAUCUCACUAACAAGAACACGAUCAUCUUCCUUUUGGUAAGAAACCCACCAAACUGUCAGUCUUCUUCCUCCGUCCGGACUCGCCACAGAUACAAAAUCCGGUGGCACCGGAAACAGUCCUUCAAGUCCCUUAACUUGUCUCCACCCCAUCUUGUCCCCAAGAUCACACCAAGUCAAAAAACUACUCCCUAGGUGAUUAACUACUCUACACAAUAUCUUCUCUUCAGCUAUGAAGCAAGUGUUGGUUACAAAGUAUCCAAAGUUUCCAAGCAUGACAUCCUUUUGGAUAUUCAUCAUAUAUGGCUCCCAAGUUCCACUCUUCGGAUCAUAAACCUCUCCCGAGCUCUCACGACCUCCCAACACGUAAAGUUUCCCGUCAAUGAAACCGGCGGAUGCGUAACUUCCUCGAGGCACUCGCAUCUCAGGGAGUUUACGCCAUUUUUGACAACGACAAUCGAGGACAAACACUCUUCUGCUUCUUCUAUGAUUUACUAAUCCGCCGAUGAGGUAAAUCUCUGAACCACUUGACACCACGGUCGGGGAAUCUGGAUGAUGUUCGUAAGGAAACGAAGGGAGUUGUUUCAGUUUCUGGUCGGGACCUGGGGUGAGUGCGAACCAGCAAGGUUUAGUAUGCCGACGAAAUUUUAAAUAGAGGUAGAUGUGCUUCUCUGUUUUGUCCAUUAGGGUUCGUGUUACGUCUAGCUCACGCGAAGAGAGGAUUGAUUUGCAACGCUUGGAGACGAGAGACAGAGAUGGAUGAUGGAUUCUCGAGAUUCGGGCCAAGAUAUUGAGAGCGACGUCGUUUGGUAACGACCAAACGACGACAAUGUCCGAGGAGACCCCGAUGGUUUCAUCUCUUCCGUCAUCACCGUGUUGAAAAAGUUAGGGUUUAAUUGAUUGUUUUUUUUUUUGUUUUUAUAUAUAAACUUUUUUUACAAUUGCGGUCGUGUUCUUUGAUCCUGGUUUGGAUCCGAACCGACCAAACACGGUUAAUUACAUCAAGAUAUCAAUCCGUAUUAAGAGUUUCUUAAAGAAAAAUCUUUCAAAAAUUAUACUAACAAUUAACUAAGACGUUUUUCUAAAGUCAAUAAAUUUAUUCAAAAUCUCUCAAAUGAGAAAAUCUUAAAUAUAUUUUUAAUCUUUUUUGAAAAUCUCCAAUUAAUCAUCAAUAUAAUUGGUGAAUUUUUUUACAAUCUACCAUUUACAAGAGUAAAAACCAUAUGGCAGGUAUUCAUAUGAAGUGUUCGAAGUUCUCAUUCAACUGUGUAUUAUGUUGAUUACAUAUCACCAAUUUUGAUUUCUGAAUUGAUGUUAGUCUAGUUAUUGUCAAUGGUUACUGUUAACAAAUAAUAAAUAUAUAUAUAGAGAAAUACUCUACGAUAGCACUAAAAAAGUUUUGGUCAAAAAAAAAUAGAUCAGAAGGAGAAAAAUGACCAUAAUGUUUCAUUAAAGAGGUAAAUAUACAUUUAUAUCCGUAGGGUUAACUAAUUCAAACCUUAGAGUUUAGAGUCAAUGGGUGGAGAUUUGAGAUUGAAGUUUAAAAUUUUAUAAAAUAAAAAAUAAUUAUUAAAAAUUUAAAAAUAAAAAUUUUAAAAAUAGUUUCAAAAAGUAUUUUCAAAAAAAAAAUUCAAAAAAAAAAUU